GUUCAUUAUAUACUAAACGAGAGUUCGCGCCACAGUAAUAAUAUUCGGUUGCGCUCGCAUUGCAAAAUCAAAAAUAUAGUUUCAAAUAGAAAACAUAUGUGCAUACAUACUUACGCAAAUCGUCGUGAAUGCGAAAUAAUCGAAUGUCUGAAAAGUGUGUCUAAUUAAAUUUACGAAAAUAAAAACUAAUUUCUAAAAUAAUAAUAAUUAUAAAAAAAAGUAAAAAAAAAUGCCCCAACGCUCGCCCUUCGCCAUUCAAGAGCUGCUUGGUUUAAGUAAUUCCGCCGCUGCAGCAGCCGCAGCCGCCGUCGCUGUCGCUGCCGUCGCCAAAACGCAAGACGACAACCCAAACGGUGACUUAAACGAAUGCAGUGGCGACUGUGAUACAACAACUACAAAACCAAAAAUGUAUUCGCCCACAGCAGCGGCAGCAGCAGCAAGUCGAGCAACACCACCAUCGCCGCCAACUCAGGCCUCCACAACAACAACAACAACUACGACGCGCACGCCGCCGCCCACCCAUCAAAAGUGCGCUGCUGCCGGCACACCAAGUAGCAGCAGUUCAGCCACUUCAUUGAGUUCGUCGAUAACUCCAGGCACAAGUGCAUCCACCACCGCGGCUGUGUCAGCAUCAGUGGUCACUUCGGUUAGCGCCAGCGGCAGUGGUGUUUCAUCGCCUUUUAAUGUCGCUACAGCUGCCGCUGGCGAUCAGCAACAGCUUGCUGCACAUCAGCAACAGCAGCAGCAGCAACAACAACACCACCACCAGAUGACUAUGGCCGCUGCUGCCGCCUCACGCAUGGCUUACUUCAAUGCGCAUGCUGCUGUCGCUGCGGCUUUCUUGCCACAUAAUUUGGGCGGUGGCAGCGCUGCUGCUGCUGCUGCUGCGGUGCAACAUCAAAAUAGCCUGCAUGCAUUACAACAACAACAACAACAUCAGCAUCAUCAUCCCCAUCAUCAUUUGCCGCUGCAGCAUCAUACGCACGGGCAUCCGCAUCAUUUGUUGCAUGCGCAAGGUUUUUCGCAAAUAAAGAACUUUGGCAUACCAGGUGGCUGUCUGACAGGCCCACUAUCGAGUAAAGAUUUCACCAUCGAUGGCCUAAAUGGUUUUGGUGGUAAGAAAAAGAAGAAGAAACGUCGUCAUAGUCGCACAAUUUUCACAUCAUAUCAAUUGGAAAAACUCGAAGAGGCCUUCAAAGAAGCACACUAUCCAGAUGUGUAUGCACGCGAAAUGCUCUCGUUAAAAACCGAGUUACCUGAGGAUCGGAUACAGGUUUGGUUUCAAAACCGUCGUGCCAAAUGGCGUAAAACAGAGAAAUGUUGGGGACGCAGCACCAUAAUGGCCGAGUAUGGACUCUAUGGAGCGAUGGUGCGCCAUUCGUUGCCACUGCCAGAAACAAUUAUAAAAUCGGCAAAAGAAAACGACUCAGUGGCACCAUGGCUACUAGGUAUGGAGACGGAAA